AUGCAGGCGUGGUUGGUGGUGGCGUGCGCAGCCGCUCUUGCAGCGUUGGCGUCAGCCCAAAAACCUGGACGGUUCCUCUCCCUCCCAGUACCGGAAAAAUGCGCUAAAAGACCCAAAGAGUUUUCAUAUGGCGGUCACAAUUACUUCUACACUGGCCACGUUCCCGAGCUGGCCAAUAGGAAAUUUGACUGGCUAGAUGGCCGCAAUGUGUGCCGCGAGUACUGCAUGGACCUCGUCUCAAUGGAGACACAAGAAGAAAAUAAUCUCAUUUUCAAACUUAUUCAACAAAACGAUAUUCCAUACAUUUGGACCUCUGGUCGUCUCUGCGACUUCAAGGGAUGUGAGUCGCGUAGAGACCUGGAGCCUAAAAAUCUCUUUGGAUGGUUCUGGUCUGCUAACCGAGAAAAGAUUCCAAACACCAGUCAGAUCCUUCCUGGUUGGGGCUACAACCCAUGGUCUCAAACAGGCCACAAGAAGCAACGCCAACCGGACAAUGCAGAGUUCGACAUCAACGGCACAUCUGAAUCCUGCCUUAGCGUACUUAACAAUGUAUACAACGACGGUAUAGCGUGGCACGAUGUCGCUUGUUAUCACGAGAAACCGGUCGUGUGCGAGGACUCUGAGGAACUCCUUAAUUACGUUAGAAGCACCAAUCGCGGCAUCCGCUUG